AUGAUUCUUUAUCCAUUGUCGCACACCUUCAAACAUCUUCAUCCUCACCUUUCUCCAUCACUCUGCAAUUUCGAACCCAUCGCUCUUAUCUCUCUGUUCUCGCUCGCACCAGAAGCACUAAGUCUGAGCGUUCCGCCGAAGUCUCUGUCUCAGAUCAUCGUUGUUGUCGAGGUAGGUUAUACAGUGGUUGAAGUUUGGGGUUUAAACGACGGAGAGAAGAUUGGAGAACGGAAGUUUGGUCGUAGUUGUUGUUUGUUUGGAGAUUUACUGUUGUUGUGUGAAAGAAUGCUGCAGAGUUCCAGUACCUACCAGUCGUAUUGUGUUGUGGUCAUUGCAGAUUCAAAGGUGGAUGUGAGAAGGCAUGUAUUUGGUGUUGGUGGAAGCUUGCGGAAAUCCGAUGGCAGGGAUUUACGAGCAGAGUUUGAGCUUGAUGGUUGUGAGGGAUGA